GGCAGGGUCGGCCAUGUUGUUGUGUGGGGGUUGAUGCAAGUUUAGUAGUAGGAAGUAAAGGCUACAAAGAACUGGGAUACUUUGGGCUCCCACACUUCUCUUUAUCACCAUCAUGCCGCUGCUGGAUCCAUCCCGUCCGACUUGUCGAGCAGAAUAAUGACGGCCGGCCGCGCUGCAUCCGCCAUCCCGCUAUUUGAUGCCUGUAACAUUUCUGCUGCUUUGAUUUAACUUCAAUAGAAAAAUCUGACCACAGUUGCUCUGCUGGAUGGAUGAAGUGAGGAUGAAGGCGGCUCGGUCGAGGUUGGAAUAACUCGUUUUUUUCCGCUGGACGAAUCUGAUUUAGGGGGGGAACAAAAAGGACCAAGAAGGACGUGGAUUUCCCCAAGGCAAGACUAUGGGCUGCAUUAAGAGUAAAGAGGACAAGGGCCCUACGAUGAAGUAUCGGCCUGAGAACUCCCCGGCUUCAGACCCCACCACCACCACCACCACCCCUCAUAUAGGACACUACGGGCCGGAUCCCACCCAGCUCCAACAGAACCAGUCUCCCUCGUCGUCGUCCGGCCCCGGGGCUGCGAGCUUCAACCACACCAUCACUCCUUUUGGCGGCUCCUCUUCUGCCAUGACCCCCUUUGGAGGAGCAUCAUCCUCCUACCCUGCGUCUGUACCCAACUCAUUCUCUGGUGCUGUCUCAGGUGGUGUUACAUUCUUCGUGGCCUUGUACGACUAUGAAGCCAGAACGUCAGAUGAUCUUUCAUUCAAAAAAGGAGACCGCUUCCAGAUCAUCAACAAUACAGAGGGAGACUGGUGGGAGGCUCGCUCCAUCAACACGGGGAAGAAAGGAUACAUCCCGAGCAACUACGUGGCCCCGGCUGAUUCCAUCCAGGCUGAAGAGUGGUACUUUGGUAAAAUGGGACGCAAAGAUGCUGAGAGGUUGCUGUUGAAUCCAGGGAACCACCGAGGAACUUUCCUGGUGCGAGAAAGUGAAACUACUAAAGGUGCUUUCUCUCUCUCUAUACGGGACUGGGAUGAUGCCAAAGGAGACAAUGUGAAACACUACAAGAUCCGCAAGCUUGACAAUGGUGGAUACUACAUCACUACACGGGCACAGUUUGACACUUUACAGAAACUGGUCAAACACUAUACAGAGCACGCAGACGGGCUCUGCCACAGGCUGACCACCGUUUGCCCCACGGUCAAGCCUCAGACGCAGGGCCUUGCUAAGGAUGCCUGGGAGAUUCCCAGAGAGUCCCUGCGGCUGGAGCUCAAACUGGGCCAGGGCUGUUUCGGAGAGGUCUGGAUGGGCACGUGGAACGGUACUACAAAGGUAGCCAUUAAGACGCUGAAGCCGGGCACCAUGUCUCCAGAGGCCUUCCUGCAAGAGGCUCAGAUCAUGAAGAAGCUCAGACACGACAAACUGGUGCCUCUGUACGCCGUCGUGUCCGAGGAGCCCAUCUACAUUGUCACAGAGUACAUGGCCAAAGGAAGUUUGCUCGACUUCCUCAAAGAGGGUGAUGGGAAGUUCCUGAAGCUGCCGUUGCUGGUGGACAUGGCUGCACAGAUCGCCGACGGUAUGGCUUUCAUCGAGAGGAUGAACUACAUCCACAGGGACCUGCGUGCCGCCAACAUCCUGGUGGGCGACAACCUGGUGUGCAAGAUCGCCGACUUUGGCCUGGCCAGGCUGAUAGAGGACAACGAGUACACGGCCAGGCAAGGAGCCAAAUUUCCCAUUAAAUGGACGGCCCCUGAAGCUGCCUUGUACGGACGCUUCACCAUCAAGUCAGACGUCUGGUCCUUCGGCAUCCUCAUCACCGAGCUUGUCACGAAAGGCAGAGUACCCUACCCAGGCAUGGUGAACCGGGAGGUGCUGGAGCAGGUGGAGCGGGGCUACCGCAUGCCCUGCCCCCAGGGCUGCCCGGAGUCGCUCCACGAGAUGAUGAAGCUGUGCUGGAAGAAAGAGCCAGACGAGCGGCCCACUUUCGAGUACAUCCAGUCCUUCCUGGAGGACUAUUUCACCGCCACAGAGCCACAGUACCAGCCUGGAGAGAACCUAUAGCCUGCCGGGACUCCUCUGCGUAUCCCUCCGCCCGCAGGAGCAGACUGGCUGGCGGGACGAGAGGGCGAGAGCUGUGAAGUGAUUGGCUCUGGACGGCCGGGUCGACGCUGGGUGAUCAGUUGCACAAACCACUACUUUCUUUAUCUGUUUGGUUCUGUCUCUGCUGCACUCCACCAUUUUUAUUUGUCAUCUUUUGUUUUCAUCUAUGGUACUACAAGUCUUAGCUGUGUGAAUUUAUCCAUUUCAUUUUUUUGGAAGAAGGAUGCAACUGGCAUAACGACAAGGGGAGCCUGCUAGGCUGGGUGUCUUUGAUUGAGUGCUUUCCUGAAUGGAGGACUACACUAAUGGAGAGGAAACACAGAUUCAUUUCAGCUCUGCUAAAGAUGCUACAAAUAGGAUUUUUUCCUCAUUAAUACAUUGCUGUGAAAUUAGCUGUCAUAAUGCCUUUCAAUGUUGACAAAAACGGCCCUGAUCCCAACAGCAGCCCCAGCUAUUGUGCUUUCAUUUGCUUUAAUUUGGUUAUCCCGCACUCUGUUCACCUCCAAAUUAUAUAAAUGUUUUUAUGUUUUCGAUUCUCCAUUGGAAAAAGUAUGCAUAAAAACAUUAGGGAGGGAGUUAACACGCCAUGCUGAUAGAAAGAGGCUCUCGGCGGUGGAUGAUGGCCGUUAUCACAGUCAGUGAUGUAUUUGAGAACAAAUCCCACUCAUCUUAACUUUAAUUACAUUUCAUUAGUUAAAAUGCAAAUUCUUUCUGUUCUGAAUGGCUUACUUUAGAGAGAGAGAGAGUGGAGUUAGACUGUGACAUGGUCUGUGAUGCCUUGCUUAUCUUUUACAGUGCAUUUUGUUGAUUUUUUUUUUUUUUCGAAUGUUCCUGCAAGAAUUUAUUCAUAUCACGAACACGGAGACUGUUUUCUGUUGCAUACUCUUGCUGUGAUCACUACAGAGAAGAAAAAAAAGGAGUACUUUAAUGCAGAUGGACUGUAUGAUGUGUCACCGAGGGACGAGAGAGCAGGCCGAGGCUGGCUGUGAUCACUGCAGCAUCGACCCGAGUUACACAGUGAUGAAACUCGCGGUCCUGGUCAUGCAGCUGCUUAUUAUUGCAGACUGACUCUCCACAUAUCACACAGCAAGUCUGCCAAGGAUAUUAGAGCAGGAUGAAUGACUUCUUUGACUUUACAGUUACAUUUUAGGUGGAAAGGCGUGAACACAACCACCAACUAGGGUACAGACAAGUAAAUGUGACUGUCUUGGAAACCUGCAGCUGUGUCUUUGUUUUAUUUGUUGUUUUAAAUCUUUUUUUGUGGCCUAGCAAAAAUCAAAAAGACUUUUUUUUUUUUUUUUUUUUUAACAGUGAUCUUCUCUUUUCAUGUGUAUGGACUGAUCAGGACAGUAUUACAAUGUGCAUAGCAAAAAGAUGAAGGCUGAGCUUUUAAAGAAGGGCUUUGUACAAAGUUAGCAAAAUCCGCAUUUUAUAAAGUUAUUAAUUAAAUGGCCAAGAUUGCAAGUUAUAUUGGGGAUGGUGGGAGUGGUUGGAAAAA